CAAGGUCUUCCACCCCACCACGCUCCCUUCCCCCUUCUCCCUUCUACUUUCCACCCCCCACGUCUCCUUAUUAUUAAGUCAUAAUCUCGCCCCCUUCUCUCAAUGGAUUCUUCCUCUCAUUCCCCACUCCUUGUUCGAUCCCUCUAAUCCUUGCCCAGUCCCCAGCAAUGGCUCUCCAUCCCAUUAUUAAUCCCUCCCCUGCUCCUCCAUCUCUCCUCUCCUCCCCCAUGCCGCCCUCCGGUCCCAGCCCGGCCCCGCGGCCCCGCGCCGAGCCGCCCCUUCCCCCGGUUUCCGCCUCCGUCCCGGACCCUGAUCGGAUCCCAUAUCAAACCACGAACCCAUCAUGGCCGAAUCCAGCCGGACCGAGCAGAUCAUCACCCAAUUCUAUCUCAAGGCCCUCCACGCCGUCCUCGGCUCCCGGAUCCCCCACCUCCACGGCGACCCCUCUUCCUCCGCCGCCGGCCUCCGCGCCCGCAAGCGCGACCGCUGGUUCAACCUCGCCCUUGGCGACCUGCCCCCCGCCCUCGACCAUCCCCACCACAGCGUCAUGGACCCCAUGAUCAUCGACGUCAUCCUCACCCCCCGCGCCGCCCCCGCCGCCGCUGCCGAGGUCGUCAUCGAGCGCUGGACCGCCCAGUGCGAGUCCCCGGCCGCCUCUUGGAACCACACCUCUGACAGCUCCUCCUGUUUUCUCUAUCGAAGGACCUACAAGAAAUCGAUCCUCCUCCUCCGAUCCCUGUAUUCCUUCCUCCGCCUCCUCCCCGCCUACCGUGUUUUCCGAAUGCUUUGCUCCUCCAACCAGUCCUAUAAUUACGAUCUCAGCUAUAGAGUGUCGUCCUUCGCGGAAGCCGUUCUCGAGGGUGGAAGAGAGGGAUUGAAGCUGCACAGCUUCACCCCGGUGGAGACUCAGUUCGGCCAACUCGUCGUGUCGGUCCAGUACCGCCCGACCCUCUCGGACUUCAAUCUCGAGGUCUCGUCCCUGCUGCCGCGGAUGAUCAUAACUGAUUACGUCGGUAGCCCGGCUGCGGAUCCCAUGAGAGCCUUCCCUUCUCUCCCCGCCCUUCUCACUGUCGCCGACUCCGUCACCGCCGGCACAUGGCAGCAGUUAUCUGGCAGUCUCCGUCUGCGCUCUGAAACUUUGCCGGUGAGCAUACCACAGCCGCUUACCGGGAAGAGUCAGGUGCAUCGCAGUCCUAAUCUUUCGGAUCCGCCCCGAAGCUUCUUGCCGCCGCCAUCUCCGAGGAGCACGAGGACGGAUCUUUCGUCUCAGAAUUCACCUUUGGAGAGUAGAUCUUUUAGAAAAUCGGAAGGGUUAAGGAUUGGAGAUAUCUACUCAAACUUGCAAUUGUUUACAGCUCAGAAGGUUUUUAUGAGCCUUAAGGAUGGUAGGGAUGAUUCUGGAAGGUUCUCCAGUGUGUUGUCUUCUGGUGGUUCACCUAGGCUUGGGUUUUCAAGAAGCUCAAGCAGAUUGUCGAUCCAGGAUGAUCUUGAUGAUGGUGACUUCUCUUGUCCUUUUGCUGUGGACGAUGUUGACACAUCAGAUUCUCAGACUAGGUACUUCUCCAUUCUUCAUUCUGGGUUAUUAUGGUGAUUUUCUAUGAUUCAGGUGGUUGAUCCGUGAGUAAUUAUUUAAUUUUUUGGGUAACUUGAAUAAUUUGAUCUACUAUCUUAUGCUUUUCUAAAUGGAUCCCAAUAUCAAGCUGCUAUCUGAGUAUAUUCAAUUUUCUGCUGCACGAUUGCUUUGCGAGUUGGUUAUGAAGUCUUGGUUCUCCCUCAAUACAUACUAGACAAGAUACCUCAGUCAAAGCAAAUAUUUGAAGUUUUGAACCUUUUUUUUUGGAGUAAGCACACCUGGAGAAAUUGUUAAAAAUCUGAAAUGCUGUGUAGAGUUGUUCAUGAUGGUUGAUAUUGGAAAAUAUCAGCUUUACAGGGGUUAAAUAUCAAAAGGCUCAUCUCAGAAGUUGUUUGACUGAUUCAGAAAGCUAAGAAAGGCUUUGGUUUUAGAUGGCGAAACUAAUGAUAGAACUAACACCAGAUGUUUAAUCUUCACGAUGAAUGUUGAGCACUUCAAUUAACUAAUGUCAAAUCACUAAUUUUAAGGUUAAAUUUGAACUUUCCUUAUUCUUUUUCACGGUGAAUUAGAGGUUAUGAUUUCACUGUCAAAUUUACGAAGAUAAAUGAAUGUAGUCUGGAUGAAGCUUAAUGUAGAUAUACUAUAUGCUCAUUUCAUUUGGAGUGUGGAGUUUAUGUGAACCCUUAGGGGAGGUUAGGCUGCUUGAUUGGUGCUGAAACGUUGCAACAAUUUCUGUUGAUACACUAAAUUAACCUAUGCUAUAUGUUAUAUGAAGUUGGUUGACAUAACUUGCUAACACCACUGAGAUUCCAUCUUGAAGACUUGUCCCUUUAUGUUGAUCUCUCAACAUGUGAAGAAGCUGGCAUGGGGAAAUUCUCGCUAUCUUCACUGGGUUCUAGAACAUGUUUGAUAAGUCAGAUGAUUGUUUUUGAGUCAUAUUGAAGGCGGGUGGUUUGGACUAUAAAAUCUUCUAGUCAGCACUACAAUCUUAUUGACAUAAUUAAAAAUUGAUUUUUGUAUCAAGUUAAGCAAAUUUUAUAAUAUAUAGUUUAGUGCAUAAAAUCUCAUUCAUUUAAAAAAAUAAAGUAAUUUAAGCAUCGUAAUUAAUUAUUACAACCAUAAUUGCUGCAACUAAGACGUAAUCCUAUAUAAUUUUAUAAGUAACAAAACUGAAUUUAAAGUCUUAAUAAAAAAACAAGAAAGGUGAAGGAGGUUUUCUCUCUGGAUGGCAUUUCCAGCACCUAAAGUAGCAGUAUGGUUUCUAUUGUGCCUGAAAAGGGUCUUUGUAAAACAGAGGAUGGAUUGAUAAAGGUAUAGGGGUGAGAUGUGGAUUGAUGCAGAUCACUUGGGCCAUAAAGCAUGAUGGAUGGCUUAUAUGGAUUUAAAAUCCAAUGGUCUUAAAAAGACCGCUCGAGAUCUGAUCCGAAAGUUUCUAUGUACUGUGAGAUUUCUUUUAAUUUUUCCCCUAGGGGGAGAUGGGAAAGAAUUCUACUUGAAGAAUUUUAAGAUAUACCCCUUUUAGCAACCAUGAAAUGGAUUCUGUAGAGAGAUAGAGGGAUCUGGUGAUGAGAGAAAAUUUCCAAAAUAAGUAAAGAGAAGAGUGCAUGUGAGAGUUUUUUAAGGAGUGAUGGUGUGUCGUAGUGAAAAAGAAAGAUUUAAGGAGAAAAGAAGCAGAGGAUAGAAAGGAAAGAUUUUGCAGAGAGAGCCCUCUUAAGCUGGGACAAUUAGGAGAAACUUUAGGAAUGUUGGGGCGUGGAGGAACGCAUAAGGUGAGGAAACUGGGGGUUGUGAUCUAGGAAGCAACAUGUCUCCUCAACAAAAAAACUUGGAGCUAGCCAAGGGGGCUGGCUGAGAGGGUAAUUGGGUGACCCAGCUUUUCAGGAGGUAAAACCACCUAAAACUUUUUAUGAGAUCCUCCCUGGAUUUUCUUCAUUUCCAUCUAAAACAUGUACAAUUUAAGGCUGCAUGCUGGCAUUUACAUUUAUGUAGCCACAUGGAUGAGCUUGUAUUUGCUGUAUGUUACUUAUCACUUUGUAAUACAAAUGUUACAGAUGUUAUACCAACUCAUUGAAUUUGGUGAGAACGGAUCUAUUUUAUGAAUAAUGUUCAUUUAUUUACAGCAUAUAUCUACCAGAUGAAUACAUCAUAGCUAAACAUAUUGUGGUUUUGUAUUGAAUUCUGAUGUAAUGAGUUCAAUUAAGAGCUCCAUAUUAAGGCUGAAAUGAAGCUUGAGUUUGAAAUGUGGUACAAAAGACAAGAAUGCUGUUUUUUUGUUGGGAAAUUGGUAAACAUAUCGAAGGUGUACCAUGAAGAUAUGCAUUGGUGCUAAAUGCUUAAAUGGUCUUUUGGUGUUUGUUUCAAAUGGUUGAGUAAAUCAAUGCAAUUUUCAAGUUGAAUUCUGCAAGUUGCAUUGUUUAAAUUUAAGUUUAAGUAUGUUUAGGAUGGAUUCACAAUUUUAUGCUUUUUUGGAUGUGACUGUCGUCGUAAACUGUCAGAAUAAUUUUUUUGUGUUUAGAAGCCUUGGAACACUUUGCAUAGGAGCAGUUUUUAGAUGUUAUCUAGUUAGCCUUGGGAUUUUAUGUUGAUGAUCAUUUAAAUAUAGAGAUAUUAAUUGCUUAUAGAUUCUAUCUAAAAAUGGGUAUGCUUAGGAUGAAUUUAAAAUAUUAUCCAAACAUUUUUUUUGAGGAUCUGUGCAAGUGUGUGCUCAAUCCCACCUCUAUUGUUGGCUUGGAAGAUCUUCGGUAUUUAAGUAAGUGAAGGACCACAAAACAUAACUUUGGUUAUCCUGUUUGGGUGAGCUCCUGAGUCGUCACUAAUGGCAUUAGAGUAGACCUGCCCCAUGGCCUCUAUGGACUAGGCAAUACUAUCACAUGGGUCUUUUUAGUGCCAACCAAGAGUCGAUUGUGGUGUUUGUGAUUUUGAUUUUAUCCUUUCUUCAAUAAGGAUGUAAGUGCUUAAACAGGGAGUGUGUGAGAGCCCGUGCAGGUGUGUCUAAUCUCAUAUUGUUUGUUUGAUAGGA